AUGUGGGGGGAGAACAGAACCUUGGGGACCAAAUUCAGCCUCCUAGGUCUCUCCAGCAACAUGCAGGAGCAGCUCAUCCUCUUUGGGGUCUUCACAGCCAUUUACCUGGUGGCCCUGAUGGACAACGUGCUCAUCUUACCGCUGAUCAGUCUGGACUCCAGGCUCCACACACUCAUGUAUUUCCUCCUGGGCAACCUUUCAGUGGUGGACAUUAGCUCCACCAGCUCCACCAUGCCCAAGAUGUUGGCCAAUUAUCUCUUGCAGGACAAGUCCAUCUCAAGGGCUUUCUGCCUCUCUCAAAUGCUCUUCUUCAUCUCCUUCGGGGGGAUCGAGUGCCUCCUGCUGGGGGUCAUGGCCUAUGACCGCUACAUUGUCAUCUGUCAUCCUCUACACUAUGGCACGUUCAUGCUGGGAGGGUUGCGCUUCCCUAGACUCGGCACACAUGGGGAAGGGUUUAAGGAGACGGGUUCAGCCCCCCAGAAGGGCAAGGACAAAGCCACCAAGAUCACGUGA